UAACUGUUGGUGACUGUCAUUGUUGGUGGAGUGUGUGCUGCGUGCGUUGCUGUGCCAAGCGCUGUGUAUGGAUGGAGCGGUCACUGCUGGUGCUCCCUCUGUAUGCCCUUCGAUGCUCACACACACACACCUGCCUACUGAAUCUGUUUUCUCUGUCUGCACAGCUAUGCUCCACCUGCAAGUGGAUAGGCUACAAGUUCUGAGAGUUAAUGGUCCCAGGAGCUGCUCUCAACCACUGAUGGCCAAGUGUGGCAGUCAGGUCUCCCAGCUUCCUUUGCCUCCCACCGUGGGGCUACUCUAAGGCAGGUUUUCUCCUAGGGCUUCCCAUCAAGAACCGAGCUCCAGUCCCACAUGAACACACUUUGCAUUGGUCUUCUGCUCUUUCUAGAACUUUCUGGAACUUUCUAUCAAGUAAACUGUUUCCAUUCUCAUCUUCAUCUCAGGCUUUCCUUCUAAGACAGUGGACUAGUUCACUCCAUUUUCCAGCAUCCUAGGAGGUGGAUGGGAAGAGCUUCCCCUUUUUGCAGUUGAGUGAAAGGAGGUCCAGGAAGGAAGGCCGCUGCUUGUAUGUCAUCCUGCUCAUGGCCGUGUACUGGUGCACGGAGGCCCUGCCUCUGUCGGUGACAGCAUUGCUACCCAUCGUCCUGUUUCCCUUCAUGGGCAUCCUGCCCUCCCACAAGGUCUGCCCUCAGUACUUCCUCGACACCAACUUCCUCUUCCUCAGCGGACUGAUUAUGGCCACCGCCAUUGAGGAGUGGAACCUGCACCGCAGAAUCGCUCUCAAGAUCCUGAUGUUAGUUGGGGUUCACCCAGCCAGGCUUAUCCUAGGGAUGAUGGUGACCACCUCGUUCCUGUCUAUGUGGCUGAGCAACACGGCCUCCACCGCCAUGAUGCUGCCCAUCGCCAACGCUAUCCUCAAGAGUCUCUUUGGCAACAGGGAGGCACCAAAGGACCCCGGCCAGGAGAGUGGGGAGAACACAGUGGCGGUGCGGAGAAACGGCCUGCACACCGUGCCCACGGAAAUGCAAUUUCUUGCCAGCACCGAAGAUAAAGAUCGGCCGGAAGAGACGGAGGCCCCAUUGGAGCUGCCCACUGACACCAAGAGGGAGGAGGAGUACCGCAGAAACAUCUGGAAAGGUUUUCUCAUCUCCAUCCCCUACUCAGCCAGCAUCGGCGGCACCACCACCCUCACCGGCACUGCCCCCAACCUCAUCCUGCUUGGCCAGCUCAAGAGUUUCUUUCCGCAGUGCGACGUGGUGAACUUUGGCUCCUGGUUCAUCUUCGCCUUCCCUCUCAUGCUGCUCUUCCUGCUGCUCGGCUGGCUCUGGAUCUCCUUCCUGUACGGGGGACUGAGCUUCAGGAGCUGCAGGAAGAAGAAAUCCGACAUAAGGGCUGAUGCCGAGGAUAAAGCUCGAGCUGUGAUUCGGGAAGAAUUCCAGAACCUGGGACCCAUCAAGUUUGCUGAGCAGGCUGUCUUCACGCUGUUCUGCAUGUUCGCCAUUCUCCUCUUCUCCCGGGACCCGAAGUUCAUCCCCGGCUGGGCCAGCUUCUUCACGCCCGGGUUUCUUUCGGACGCUGUCACUGGUGUGGCCAUUGUCACCGUCUUGUUCUUCUUCCCGUCCCAAAAGCCCUCCCUCAAGUGGUGGUUCGACUUCAAAGCUCCCAACACGGAGAUGGAGCCACUGCUGACCUGGAAGAAGGCACAGGAGACCGUGCCCUGGAACAUCAUCCUGCUGUUGGGUGGCGGCUUCGCCAUGGCCAAAGGCUGCGAGGAGUCGGGGCUGUCGGUGUGGAUCGGGGGGCAGCUACACCCCCUGGAGAACGUGCCCCCCGUCCUCGCUGUGCUGCUCGUCACCGUGGUCAUCGCCUUCUUCACCGAGUUCGCCAGUAACACGGCCACCAUCAUCAUCUUCCUGCCGGUCCUGGCAGAGCUGGCCAUCCGCCUGCAGGUGCACCCACUCUACCUGAUGAUCCCGGGCACGGUGGGCUGCUCGUACGCCUUCAUGCUCCCGGUCUCCACGCCCCCCAACUCCAUCGCCUUCUCCUCAGGACACCUGUUGGUCAAGGACAUGGUGCGCACCGGAUUCCUGAUGAACAUCAUGGGUGUCCUGCUGCUCAGUCUGGCCAUGAACACCUGGGCACAGACCAUCUUCCAGCUGGGCACCUUCCCAGACUGGGCCAACACCCAUUUGGCCAAUGUCACGGUACUGCCCACCACUUUGGCCAACAAUACCUUUCGGACCCUUUGAGCUGUUCUGAGGGCAGGCAUCGCCUUGGGGCCAGGCCCUUCCAGAGGGCUGUCCCCGUCCCUUGCUGCUAGGACCCUCCCAGGUGAUCAUGCGACGCGAUCCCCUGGUCCAGUGUACAGCCAGAGGGGAUGACCUGCAGUGGGCCACUUGGGCCCACAGGCUCCUAGUGUGCGACACCUUCUCCCAGAGCUGCUGCCUGAGAAGCCAGCACCGCAGCGGUGGGUUCUGCAUGCCCUGGAGCCCAGCAGCAGCAACAACAAGCAACUCUUGGACCGGGGGCCACCUGCGCUGGUGGGCACGGCUCACUGGAUCCCCGACUGACCACCUUAGGGUGCCUUCUGUAGAGGCCAUCUGCUCUCCCCCU